CGCGCGCGCGCUGGCUCGUCUCAGCGCGGGACAUCGAUCCUCUUCCGUCCCCCUCACGUGCAGCCAUGCAGCUGAGCGCGCGGGAGUCCUGCCGGUCCCUCCUCCUGUUCUGCGUCCUCCUCCGGAGCUGCCAGACGCACAAGAACGGCUCCACGGAGCGGCUCUUUACGCACGUGAGCGCGCCGGAGCUGCAGAGCAACGCGUCCCUGAACCGAGCGCGGGCUGGCGGGAGAGGAGCGGGAGGAUCCGCGCACGACCGAGCCGAGCAGAGCCAAGUCGGCUGCAGAGAGCUGAGAUCCACAAAGUACAUCUCAGACGGCCACUGCACCAGCAUCAACCCCAUCAAGGAGCUGGUCUGCGCAGGCGAGUGUCUGCCCGCCCAGAUGUUUGAGAACUGGAUCGGCGGAGCUCGCGGUAGGAGGUACUGGGCGCGUCGGAGUGGAAACCACGACUGGCGCUGCGUCAACGACAAGACCCGCACCCAGCGCAUUCAGCUGCAGUGCCAGGACGGCACCAGCAGAACCUACAAAAUCACCGUGGUUACCUCCUGCAGGUGCAAGAGGUACUCGCGGCAGCACAACGAGUCGGGCGGCAAGUUUGAGGAGCCCGCCGCGGGACCGCCAAAGCUUCUGCACAAACACAAGUCCAAGAGCAAAAGAAGGCUGGGCAAGAGCCGGACGAGUGAGAACUGGCACGACACGGAACCAUGAGGGGGGCGGGGGGAGUCUCUGGGGCGUCCAGAGUUUGCUGUUGUGGAUUAUUUCUGAUACAUUCUCACGCCGUCACCCAGACUCUGAACGAGAAGUCUUUCUGACAAUCGAAUCCAUGUUGUAUAGCAAUGUGAAAAAUGGUUUACAGACUGAAGCUCUGUGGAGGUGCUUGGUCCCGUCUGCGCAGUUCCAUCUGCGUGGUGCAGUCUGUGUGAUCCCAUCUGCCCAGUCCCAUCUGCGUGAUCCUGUCUGCAUGGUUCCAUAUACGUGGUCCCAUCUGCGUAGUGCAGUCUGCACGGUCCCAUCUACAAAGUCUCGUCUGCGCAGUCCCGUAUGCAUGGUUCCAUUUAUGUGGUCCAGUCUGCGCAAUCCCAUCUGCACAGUCCCGUCUGCGCAGUCCCGUCUGCGCAGUCCCGUCUGCAUGGUUCCAUAUACGUGGUCCCGUCUGCAUGGUUCCAUUUAUGUGGUCCCAUCUGCACAGUCCCAUCUGCGCAGUCCCAUCUGCAUGGUUCCGUAUACGUGGUCCCGUCUGCAUGGUUCCAUUUACGUGGUCCCAUCUGCGCAGUCCCAUCUGCAUGGUUCCAUAUACGUGGUCCCGUCUGCAUGGUUCCAUUUACGUGGUCCCAUCUGUGCAGUCCCAUCUGCAGGACUUUUUCGUAAAUGCAUUCUGCGUGGUGACAGAGAUCUGCAGCCAACAAGAACCUGCAACACCCCAAACCAAUCCUGUGUAAAUACCUGUACAGAUAUUAAAUGCUGAAGACGGAUCAUGUGGAAAAGAUUUACUUUUGUAAGAUUUAUAGUGUAUGAUGUAAUAUAUUUUCAGAGGAAACACGUCGGAUAUUCAGAUCCAGUUCAUUUAUCAUUCCUGUAACAACUUUAUAUGAAAUAAAUAAAUCUUUUUAUUGCAUAG